AUGACUUCUAAGCCGUCUACUAGAAAUGAUUAUUUACCAAGGGAAACUCACAAUGGCGAAUAUACUGGUGAUUCUCCCGAAUGGCAGUUGCAGAUUAAUAUCACAAACAAAAUAGGUGGUAUAAAUGGAGAUAUUUGGUUGUCAAGGGACGGAAGGAGUGUUAAAUGGUGUAUUGAAGACCAGUGCUUACGUCAGUUUACUUAUAAUCAAAAGAUCAUCAAAGCUGGGUACAUUGAUUUUGAAAAGACACCAGAUUGUUUUGUGGUAGUUCUCUCUGAUAUUGCGCAUGUAUAUAUGUUGAAAAAUGGGGGUUCUACGACUGUAUGUUUCCCAUUCCAGAUAGGUAAUGCAUUCUGGUAUGCAAAUGGAGUAAUUUUAGAGAGAGAGACUUCAGCGUCCUUCAUGGAUGGUGGCUACGAUUUAAAACCCAUUGAGUUCGAUUUAAAACAUAAAUACAUCACUUUGACGGAUCCGAUGGCGCCUUUCGGCUUGAUUUCGAUCACAAAUACCUUUAAAGGCGGUAUAAAUAGCGCUUCAGGUAACAAAACGGAUAUCCUGCAAGACUUUCAGCUCGUGCUCUUCCCGAGUGACAAGGACAAGUGUAUAGCUGUUUUUUUAGAUCGAAAUUCCAAAGUGUUGCGAUUUUAUUACAGUAGAAUUCUAUCAUCAGAUCAGUCACGGAAGGGAGAGCUAACAAUUUCCUCGACCAAAAAAACAGGUUUGGACGCAGCAGGCAAUAGCCAAAAGAGUGGCGGGAUUAGCAAAGAUUUGCGUAAGUUUUCACAUUUGACGCGCCGGUCGACGUCUAUAAACUCUAACUCUCAUGAUUUCAAUGCAGCCGAAAGAGUACUUAGUGGCAAUGUUGGCAACGCUUCAGGCAGAACAGAUAUUUUCGCUUUACCUUCUUCUUGUUCAAGAAGGAGCUUAUCUGCGACCCUAGAUAGAAUGGGGAACAAUAUUGCCCCGACCAAUAGAGCUGCACCUUCUGGAUUUUUUGACUCGUCAUCAGCAAAUACUGCUACUCACUCUAAUAUAACGCCUGUAUCACAACCAAUGCAACAGCAACAGCAAGAAUAUUUGAACCAAACAGCGACCUCUUCUAAGGAUAUUGUUUUGACGGAAAUAUCGUCUUUGAAAUUACCGGAUGAUAUCAUUUUUACUUCACGACGCUUGAGCUCUAUUUUAAGUAAAUUAAAGUUCCUAUCGUUGAGAUUUGAACGUCGAGAAGGACUUUUAAUAUUUCAUGAGCCCACACAUUUCUGCAAAAUCUGGUUGAUUGAUCUUUUACCCGAUGUUCUGGAUUCUAUUCCAUUCAAAAUAUACGGGAACUCUCCGCAAAACAUGAUCAGACUAGAGAACUUAAAGCUUAAGGAACCCUCAAGAAUACAAGCUAUGUAUAUUCAUGAACUCCUUGAAAGUUGCCUGAUUUUGGUGUCGGAGGGACAGAAUAAGGAAGAAUACAAAGCAUGUCUAUAUGACCCCUUCGUUAAAAUUACAUCCCCUUCCAAAAAUAUCUCCGAAGAGCUCACUAAACAAAAUUCUCUUCCUUCCUUACAGAAACUAUUCCCUUAUCCCGAGACUAGUUUCACCAAACUGUGCUUCGAAGCCGUCAAGUAUAUUACUUCUCCUGCAUUCAAUAUUUCAUUUAUAUUUCUAUGGCAAUCUGCAUAUUCGAUACUUCUUUCAAGGGCUAACGACGACGUAGUUGGGGGUUUGAAAAUGGAGCACGAUGCUUUUUCACUGGUUCUUUCAUUGCUGAUUUUACCGAUACCUAGCUCCUCUGCUCAAGAAUACCAGGAGUACAAAGAAAUAUAUGAACGCGACCUGUUUCAGCAUUUAAAGCAGGACUCAGAAAUAACAAGCUCUGUGCUACCAAGAAUUGUUAUUGGAUUGCAUUUAAUAAGGGAGGAAUAUUCCCUGAAUGUAUUGUGUCGAAAUGAGCAUGCGUUGUUAGGACAGUUUCUAAGAUUCGCUACUGCCGCGAUGGGCUGGCCUGAUCUGUGGCAAUCUUACUAUGUACCGAAAAUGGAUUCAGAAUCGAAAACUUUCCUACAUCCAAGGGAACAAAAUUCCACUUUUUUUCAUCCCUUAGAUGAACCGCCAUCGAUUACCAAGUCGUUAUACAGCAUAACUGAAAACAGUUCAAUACCAUUAUGUCCGUUCAUUAGUUUCUCGAGACUUGUUGCAACCGAUACACAGGUCGAAUUACGCAUUACUCCAAGAAGUUUCAAAAUCUUGGGCUUGUAUGAACUCGUACACUCUCCAAAUUUUUUACCGGAUUAUGUUUUAGGCAUCCUUUCCAGCUUUAAAGUGGAUAAAGACGAGUUACAAACAUAUCCCUUAGGCAUUUUGGUGCCUUUACAAAACAUUUUAAAAAUUCUGGAAGAUAAGCUAUCUGAAGUAAGAGACAACUUGGAGUUAUUAGAUAGGGCCGAUUUACAAAGGUGUAGUGCCAUUAUCAAUAGUAUAAGAAGUGAUUCUAAAGAAGUUCUCAAAAGAGGCCAAAGAGAUAGUUAUAUGUUAUGCAAAGUGCCACUCGCCAAGAACAGAAGCUCUUUGUCUAAGAAGCCCAGUGACAUAUAUUCAAUAUUAUCCGAGAUUGUGAAAAGUGCAAGUCAAGUUCCACUGGAUGGAUCAGCUAUGAGGAUGUCGAAUAUUCAGGAUGAUGAAGAUAUUGAUGAAGGUCGAUCUCUCAAAUUAAAUGCAGGACUGAUUUUUUCAGAAGAUAAAAGAUUUACUCAUGUUGUAUCACUAUUAGCUUAUUACAGGCCCACAAAAACUCAAUUUUUUACCACCAAGACAGAAUAUGCCCAGAUACUAGCUCAAAAGAAAUAUUUCGCUAAAAUCAUGGCUUUGAGGACAUGUACAAAUGGUGUUGGCUGGGGUGCAGUGGCAUAUGCAACAGAAAAACCAAUAUCUACCCAAAAAUGGGUCAUUCAACCCCUCAACUUAAUUUCCGUGUUUCCUGAUGACACAAAGAUAACUGUGAAAGCUCCAGAAGAUAUAGCACACGAUAUUGUGGAGUGGGGGCAAUUUCAUGCCGGUGUUAGCUCCGGCCUCCGUAUCUCAAAGAAGGCAACUGGAAUUACAGGUAGUUGGAUUGCAUUUAAUAAGCCAAAAGAACUAGAUGCUUAUCACGGUGGUUUCCUUCUCGGACUGGGACUUAAUGGGCAUUUGAAGAAUUUAGAGGAAUGGCAUAUAUACAAUUAUCUAAGCCCCAGAAAUACUCACAUAAGUAUUGGGUUACUUUUGGGAAUGAGUUCAAGUAUGAAAGGUAGUAUGGACUCUAAACUAAUCAAAGUUAUUAGUGUACACCUAGUGGCCUUUCUUCCAAGCGGAUCUAGCGAUUUGAAUAUAGAUCUAAAACUACAAACUGCUGGUAUUAUAGGGAUGGGUAUGUUAUAUUUAAACUCAAGGCAUAAACGAAUGAGCGAUUCAAUUUUUGCCCAGCUGGUGUCACUGCUCAAUGUAAAUGAUGAAAUGGUUGCUGACGAAGAAUAUCGAUUAGCAGCGGGUAUAUCGCUGGGCCUCAUAAACCUAGGGGCUGGUCAGACGAAACUGAGAAAGUGGGAUUCAUCAUUGUUGGGCUUGGGGGACGAUCUUCCGGAAGAUGUUUAUGACUCUAGUGAUGUUGAACAAAAUGUAAUGUAUGAAGACCUGACUACGAAGUUAUUAGAGAUCGUCACAAGCACAUAUGAUGUAGAAAACGAUUGGAUACCAGAGAAUUCGCAAAUUGGCGCAGUAAUUGCAAUCAUGUUUUUAUUUUUGAAGUCAAACAAUUUUGGAAUUUCCAACAUGCUUAAAGUUGACUUAAAGGAAAUAUUAAAAGCAAAUAUUAACACCCGCCCUGAAUUAUUAAUGUACCGAGAAUGGGCAUCCAAUAUGAUUUUAUGGGAAUUUAUAGGCGACGACCUAUCGUUCAUCAUGAAAGAUGUUGAUAUUGGAGUAAAAUUUAGUGAACUUAAUACCGAUUUGCUUCCUAUAUAUUACACUAUGGCGGGUAGGAUCUUAGCCAUGGGUAUUAGAUUUGCCUCUACUGGAAAUUUGAAAAUUCGGAAUAUACUGCUUUCUCUCGUUGAUAAGUUUCUGCCUCUUUAUCAGUACCCAGGAAAGCAGAAUCUAGACUUUAGGUUGACAAUUUCUGUUAUUAACGUUUUAACUAAUGUCAUCGUUGUUUCUUUGAGCAUGGUUAUGUGUGCCAGUGGCGAUUUAGAAGUUUUGAGGAGGGUCAAAUAUCUUCAUGAAGUUGCAUCUGGUCCAUAUUCAGACUUAUUUCAAGAAAUUCCUAGUUCUAAAAGUGAUGUUUCAGGUGUAACACAGGUGACUUCAAACACUAACACGCCUGGAAAUAGUGAUCGUGAAAGGGUUGAUGAGACCGCUGCUUCUCUCGAUGACGAAAGGUCCUCAAAUGGCAGUGAUAUUAGUGAUCCAACAGCAUAUCUAGAAGACAAAAAGGAUAUAGAUGACCAUUACGGUAAGUUUAUUUCGACAAAUCUUGCACUGGGUUUUCUUUUCCUUGGGUCUGGACAAUACGCUCUCAAUACUUCUACUUUAGAAUCUAUCGCUUUCUUAAGCAUGUCCGUUUUACCCACAUAUACAACUCCACAUCCCUUACAAGAAUUGAAGCAUUUCUGGAGCAUGGCUGUAGAGCCUCGUUGCCUUGUUAUAAAGGACAUUUCCACUGGUGACGCAGUAAACAACGUUCCUAUUGAAUUGGUGGUCGAGGAAGACGUCGAAAAAGAAGAAGUAAUAAGAGAGAUAUCAACACCUUGCCUGCUUCCUGAUUUCUCCAAAAUUAAAUCUAUUAGGGUAAAAAUGCAUGGUUACUUUCCACUGGAAGUAAAUUUCACUAAGGACUACUCAGCUUCUGAUUUUUUUAGUGGCGGUACAAUUAUUUAUAUACAAAGAAAAUCCGAAAGUGUUUUCGAGAACAAAGCCUCUUUUAGGAACGUAGAAGAUAUUCAUGUGGCACUCAAAAGAAAGGCAGCAGAAUCUAAAAAUUAUUCAAGAUUAAACCUAAAAAAUGAACAAGGAAAUACCACCUCUUCGCAACUGGUUGAAAGUUUGGGUAUUCAAGAUUUGACAAUGGUGGAACUCGAUACUCUUUUGAGUGCAGGAAAUAAUACAGCAUUAACGGAUUCAGAAUCUUAUAAUUUAGGUUUGCUGUGUUCAGAUAAAAACAGUGGAGAUAUUUUGGAUUGCCAACUCGAAUUGUGGUACAAAAGCUUUGGACCACAUGAUGAAUAA